AUGAUGCUGAGCUCUAUUCGUGUGCCUACCCCAUUUCCGACGUCGUCCUUCCUUCGCCGCUACGUCAGCGGAGGGCCGCCCAGCGCAGCCGUGGAAGUAAGAUGGGCAGGAGGAGUUUCUUGGAAAGCAAAGGCUGGAAUACGAGCCCUUGAAGAACUCCUUAGAACGUUUGAAGUUUCGACCUUAGGGAAGAAGUUAGGUUCAACUGCACCAAUGUCAUCUAUUAUAGCUCCACCAAAUGCCCUAUGCUAUGCUUCAACCACCACCAAACAUGUUGCAGUUGAUUCUGCGCUUCAGUGGAAACCCGUUUCACGAUCAUGGGAGAGUGUUGGAACAAGGGGUUUUGGCCAUUUAGGGCUUAUUACUUACACUUACAGGAAUGUUAACUACUUUCAGUUCUUGUUUAAUGUUGUUUCUAAGAUAAAAGGCCAAUGUUGGAUCAAUGUGGUAGUUCCCAACCACAGGCCAAGGAAGUUGUCUGGUAGAAAUUCACCUUUUGCGUUCUCUGUGCUUGCAAUUCCUCAACUUCUCUUUCUACGCCUCUUCGUAAAAUGCAUAUAUCAUGCAAUACUAAGUUUUCCACAUGGAAAAGUUUUAUGUGGGAGAAAGGAGGGAACUUCAACCGCAUCUUCGUCUAUGACUUUUUCCUCUACUGCUGAAGAUCAUCAUUUAGUUGACGAUUUUUACUUUUCCCCACUACAUGAUGAUGCAGAGAUAUUUCCAAUCUCGGAUGAGAAAUAUGCUGAAGCGCUACUACAACUACAAGAAAUCCUCUAUUCCUCUAUUACAUCGUCAUGUGCUAGAGUUGAAAAAAAGAAAGACAUCCCUUUGAUAACCCGCAAGGGGAAACAGAAAAUGACCGGUGAAUCUUCACGUUUCUACUGUGCUGGAAAGAUUCAGGAAAAUAUAUCAAUGGUGAAAUGUCCUGAACCAAAAUGCAAAGGGAUUCUGGAGCCUCAGGACUGUCGUUCAAUUAUCCCUAAAGAAGUGUUUGAUAGAUGGGAAAAUGCUCUCUGUGAGAAUGCGGUGCCUGCAUCACAGAAGUUUUACUGUCCUUUAAAUUGUUCUGCUAUGUUGAUUGAUGAUGGAGAUACUUUUAUAACUGUUUCUGUAUGUCCACAUUGCAACAGACUAUGUGCACUAUGCAAGGUUCCAUGGCAUUCAGGGUUGACUUGCAGAAAGUUUCAGGGCUUGAAGAAGAAUGAGAGAGAGAUGGAAGAUCUGCUGGUGUUUCAACUUGCUAAGAACAAUAGAUGGAAAAGAUGUCCAAAAUGCAAAUUCUAUGUGGAAAAAACCGAAGGAUAUGUGGGAAUGGAUUUUGCUACGAGUGUGGAUCCUCUUGGAGUCGUCAUCAUGCAUGUAUGUUCUAAAAUUAUUGCCAAAGACUUGCACGAGGCAAGUGAAUUUUCAGAGAACAGCAACAUUAUUGUGAUUGUGAGAACAGCAACGUUGUUGUGA